AACUUCCUAUGAUACUAUGCUACUUCUGUAAGAUGGAAACGUUGUGAUUAUAGCUAUAAAGAUAGGAGCGGGAUUAUUGCGAGUUACUCGUUUCAGCGUUUGUUUGUAAGAAUUCUAGAGUGUCCAGCGGAUAGUCUGGAACUUAAUUCUUAGCAAUUUUAUUAUUAAUUAUUAAUACGACAGUAUAUUCGUUAUAAACUGUAAACAUGUCUGACGAGAAGAAGGAAACUAAAACAGAAUCAGAGCACAUAAAUUUAAAAGUACUGGGACAGGAUAGUGCAGUAGUUCAAUUUAAAAUUAAAAAACACACACCACUCAGAAAAUUAAUGAAUGCCUACUGUGAUCGUGUUGGUUUGGCGAUUGCAGCAGUAAGAUUUAGAUUCGAUGGACAACCCAUAAAUGAAUUAGAUACACCGACAACUCUUGAAAUGGAAGAAGGCGAUACAAUAGAAGUUUAUCAGCAACAGACGGGAGGAUUGUGUUGAGAUUUAAGAUUGUCCUACAAUAGUUUAAGUCAAAAAAAAACUUCUGUUCCAGUGCUUAAUCCGAAAAAGAAAACGUGAAUUAUUUUUUAUUUUUCCUCAUACAACAAAAUACUUUAUUUCAUAAUAACAUGUGGAAAAGUUGUUUACACUUUUUAUAUAUAUCGAACCUAAUGUCUACAAGUAUUUUAAUUAAGUUGUACAUGUCAUCUGAACUGUACUUACUGACUAUGUCACAGAUAUAGAAAGUAGCUGAAUCCAAUAACACUGUCCAACACACACUUUGCUUUCUAAUAACCAUUGGGUAAUUCUUGCAGAGCGUCACAUCUCAAAUACGAAUGUGAAAACCGAAUUGCUGUAACACACGCAGUAUUAAAAAAAUACGACUUUUUGUAAAAUCGUGUGAUUUUGAACAAAAACGAAGUAUUGCACGGAAGCUAAAAGCGUUAGAAAGGUCAUAUUGGCCUAAAGGAUAGAGGAAAUGUUGUUGAAUAUGUCAGUAAUGAUAUUUACAAUAUCGCUUCUAAAUAAUGUUAAAUGACUGUCAAAGUUUAAAAAAAUACCGAAGUACGUAUUUUCUACGCAAUAUUUUUACAUAUUUACGAAAAUUUCUUUACCUUGUACAAAAACUGACCACGGCAUUUCAUUCUGUAAUAAUUUCUGAAGAAGUAACUAAAAAGAAGAAGUGCAAAUAUAUACGCGUUUUAAAUUCGUACAGGUCGAAAAAAUGUAUGUCGAUCACGCGUGCCCAGCCUUUUGCCGCCGCGUGAUUUGUUCGCUUAUUUCGACUCAGCAGUGCCGCAUCUAUCCGUGAUCAACGCCGAAUUUUUUUUUUAACUUUUAACUGUUCUAUUUUUUUAAGCUACCUUACAGCAUUUUUUCUUUAAUAAUAUUUUUAUUCAAGCUUCAUUAGCAGAAAUGUUCACAGGAAUUUAAAAAACAAAAGAUAGAACAGUUAAAAGUUAGAAAUAAAAUCAAACGUUACUCAAACAGUGCCUCAUUGGACGUCUAUAUCGGCGUUGAUCACACGUAGCUGCAGUAUUGCCGAAUCCAGACAUGUAAACAACAGAUCACAUGGCAGCAAAACGCCGGGUACGCAUGGUCGACAAAUAUAUUCUCGACCUGUACGAAUUUAAAAUCGUUUCGACACUUCUUCUCCAUAGUUACAUCUUCAGAAAUGUAUGAAAUGAAUCAAAUGUCGUAGUCAGUUUAUGGCAUUUUUUAAAACUUUGGCAGCCGUUAAACAUUAUUUAGAAGUCUAAAGUAUUGUAAAUAUUGACAUUGACACAUGCAGGAAUAUUUCCUCUAUCCUUUAGAUCAAUAUGACCUUUCUAACGUUCUUAUUUUUUGUGCAAUAUUUCGUUUUUGUUCAAAAUUGCACGCUUUUGUAAAAAUUCGUGUUUUUUGAAAAUUGGGGGUCAUACAGCAAUUUGGUUUUCGGAUUCGUGUUUGGGAAGUUGUGUUCUACAAGAAUGUGAUUAUUAGAAGGCAGAAAAAAGUUCAAUUUGUUGAACAGUGUAACACCAUAUGACAUCACAUCGUAAAAUGAUUUUUAUACUUUUCACAUUAUAUUAUCAUGCAGAGUAUUUGGCUACUUUUGUUGUCAUCCAGUCAUGAAUUAUGUUAUCAUUAUAAUAUACUUUCUUAUUAUUAUGACAAUUGGAUUGGAAUUCUAAAGAUGAAAACUUACUGCUCAGUUAUUGUUCAAGAUACACCAUAAAUUACGGGCAUAUUGUUUGUCUCUGUUGCAUUUUCCCAACAUAGAACAAAGCCAUCUGCAUUAUACAAAAAUACAUAUAUAAAACAUACAAUAUAUAAAAUUCUUUGUAAAUGAUUUUCAUAAGUGGCUACAGUGUAAAGUCUCAGAUGGACUUAAUAAAUUUCAUGUUUCUAGGUACAUUCAUUUCUUAUAACAAUGUAGAUAGGAAGUGACGAAGAACAUUGUUAAGAAGUUGUGUUAAUAUUCAACCCUAGACUGGCGAAGUGGAUUUUUACAUAUCUGAAUUUCUUUUUACAACAGAAAAAUGAUUACUUUUUUUUUUUAAAUCCAUUAUUCAAAUCAAUUUAGAUUGUACUUAAAUUAGUAAUUUCCUGAAGUCUCUGAUACUUCAUCUCGGCAGUUCAGGGUUAAUAAUGUAUUUAUGUCGAAAAUAUUCGUAAAAUUUUAUUUCACAUUUUAUAACUCAAUCUUAGUAUUAACAUUACAUUUACUUUUAUCUUUCCUAAAAUUAAUAUUACUUUGUAUAUGAACAAAAAUAAAUUGUGUCUUAUCUUUUCUACAA